AUAUGAAAUCAAGAUAAGCUUUUAGGCAUUGCCUAAGUCUAUAUAUUACUCGCUUGAUUUUAUUGCUUUUGUAUGUUCCCAUCGCGUCCCUUCUAAAUGUUCAUGCGCGAGCUGAAUUAGAACAAUAAAGAACUCGCAUUCUAGCGGUACCAAUUAGAACUAGUCACUCAUGACAGGAGAAAACGGCUUUUUAUUGUUAACGCACGCGACUUGGUAGACUCUUCAAAUCUUCGGCAAGAUCAUAAACCCAAAACAGCAAUGUUGUCUUCCCAAAUUGCCGCUCAAAAAAAUGACAUCCCUAUGAGUGAAAAAGCCGAGGGCGCGACAGUGAACCUACGCGCGCUGGCGAAACUCAGACGUCGUAGGCCUCGCCGACCUGGGCAAAGUGCGACAGAAAAAGAAAAGCCGGCACCAGUACUGGGGCCAUCUGACGUUUACAGGGAAAAUCCGUGUGAGGUUGGGGACCACAGCCCCCCCAUGCAAAUGGAUGUGGGAAAUUUCUGGGAUUUUGCGUCACGAGCUCCGUGGCAAGGUCGUCUGCGAGUGUGUGACGGAGUUCUUAUGAGAAAGCUAAUCGACACUUAUGAAAACCUGGCACAGAACAAGAUUAUCAACAAGGUCGUGACAACGCGGAACUUCAGUACAGCGGACUUACGCAAACAGAGAAACACCCUUUUCGCCAUGUCACGUGGCACCAACGAAGCGAUGGUUGAUGGAUCCAAGAAGCCAGAGGUAGUCGUCAAGGCAACGUUUACAUACUACGGUGGAAUACCUCUGAGGAAGCAUCGGAAAGUUUCCUUUGCGCCUGCGCCAAACACGGUCUUCACUCCUCGCAUUCGCCACUCGCUGCCAAUCAUCAAGUACAGCACGACUGACGCGCGACGGAACUCUAAGGUUGAGGCACUAAUGAAACUCAACUUUCAAUCCGCUUCCCUAUUUCCGCGUAUGGACUGGGACGAAGGCUCCACGGAGUCACAUGACGAGUGGUUCAUAUCUCCUAUCCCGGCAGACUUUGCGGCGCGCUGUCUGAAGGCCGCGCAACAUCACGUGAUUGUCAAGGAGCAGUUCACCGAUAAUGACACGUGGCGCACGGUGACCAGCAUUACAUUCAGUCGAAAGGAAACCAGAUUCAGGACGUACCUUGCUUUUCAGUCCAUGGGUCCUCUGUACACAUCCGAGGAGUUUCCUAUGUUUACGUACGCUCUUGAAAAACGUGCUCGUAUCCCGAAAUCCUAUGCGCUCCCAGACUUACGAUAAUCCACUAGGUAGUUUAUUUGAAAUGAUGAGAAUUAUUAUACGGUCUUUUUGGCCUACUAUUAAUGUUUGAAAUGAGAGCUAGAAUUUUUGUAUGAUUUGUAAUAAAAAAAAAAGACAUAAGCUUGA